CGUAGCACUCGCCGCCAAACACUUUCUGUGGGAGACCAUCCCGCCACAUAAAGGUUUCCAUCCCCUGCCUUGCAACUCCGCCACCACCACCACAUCUUCCAAUCAGCAGGUGAUCCGCCCCCAGAUCCACUCCCGCACAUCCUCAACAAUGGCAGAUGCAGCGCUCAGGGACCGGCUGAACACCCUUGUCACAUCGAUGUUCGCCACGGGCAUGCUGGACGAAAAUUUCCACCAACUCAAGUCGAUGGAGGAGGAUGGCACCGCAGCCCCGGGCUACGUCGCCGACAUCAUCAACCUCUUCAUCAGCAACACCAAAAGGAUCCUCAACGACAUCGCCGCCCUGCUGAACCAGCCCGUGGUUGACUUCGACAUGGUGGACGUCCUAGUGCGUCAGCUCAAGGGGUGCAGCUACAGUGUUGGUGCUAAGAAAGUGAAUCACUCCUGCAUGCAAUUCCGUCGGUUCUAUGAGGCAAGAAGCAAAGAAAGGUGCCUCAUGGCGUUGAACCUUGCUUGGAAUGAGUUCUCUGAUGUGCGCAGCAAGUUCGAGACUAUGAUGCAGCUGGAGGAGCAGAUCGCCGCUUAUGGUCCAAAGUGGUAGCAAUGGAAGGAAAAAUAGCAUGGCUACAUAUGAUUCCUUACAUGAUGGGGUCUAUGUAUCUCUGCAGAUGUAGACAAUGUUCAAUAUGUGUCUGGCUUUUGUGCGCGAUUAUGAAAGAACAUGAGGAAUCUUGCGUAGGAAUUCCAUCCUCGCAAGUCUUCAAACAAAACUUGUUCUCAUGUGUCAACAUCUCUGCCAAUUCAAUACCAGGUUGUGUCCGCUA